AUGAAUAUAAAUGCUAUAUUAUGUGCAGAAGUGCAUAAGAAUAUGACUGAUUACUUUGAAAGUAUGAAUAUAUCUUAUUGUCAAGCAACGGUGAAUUCCAUUCAUCAGUGCUGGCCACCUACAUCAGCUGGUCAUGUUGCCAAACUACCGUGUCCAUCAAACGUUACAAGCUUUCAUUAUGAUGAAAAUGACGAUUCUUUUCGUCAAUGUCUACCAAAUGGAACUUGGGCAGAAAUAGCUGAUUAUUCAGCGUGUACCAUCCUGUAUCCGUUAAUUGAUGAAUAUUUAAUAUUUCUUUGCUUCUUAAUUGGUUACAUAAUAUCUAUGAUCAGUGUUAUCAGUGGAAUAACCAUACUUCAAUAUUUUCAUUCAUUGAGGUGUAUUCGUAACAACAUUCAUACGCAUUUAAUGAUCGCCAUUCUUCUACGUGCUACCUCAUGGAUCUGCUUAGCCAUACUGAAUACAACCACACUGCUGAAUUCAUUAAUUGUUAGCAAUAUACUGACGUGUGUUUUAGCCUUUGGUAUGAUCGCUGUCUACAGCUGGAUGCUGAUAGAAGGUGUUCACCUGUUGAAUAUUCUAUUUUUAACCUUCACUGUAAGACGAUUUCGGUUCUCUUGUUACAGUAUGAUUGGUUGGGGAGUUCCAGCCAUUUUAACUUCUUCUUGGGCAAUUGCAAAGUCAUUGAAACUAGGAAAUACAAGUCUUUGGCCUGAACCAACAACAUCUGAUCCUGAAGGUAUUCUUGUUGUCACGUCAAUUUUAAUUACACUUGCUGUAAAUUUUCUGAUCAUGUUCAUUACCAUAUUCAUGUUACUUACAAAACUUCGUGGACAACCGAGUGGAAUGGUGGGCAGACGAGUCCCAAGUGGCUAUAAAAAGGCUGAAAAAAGAAUGUCUCGUGGAGGAUGCAGACCGAUAAUUUCUUCAACUCAUCAAAGUGAAACAGGCAAGCCAGCGACAUCGGUAACCCCAACAACAGGAUUGAUUAGAUUCCCCCAACAAUCCCAAUUAUCUGUAGACAAGGAGGAGAUAAAGAUAAAUGACAAUACCGAGAACAGAUAUGAUAAUGCGAAGAGUAUUAACGAAACUACUAGCAAAAGAAAUAACUCGGAGGAUACCAAAUACCUAAGCAGAGAAGAAGAACAUAUUGUGUUUGAAAUAUUACCGACCGUAGGACCAGUACAAGAUACAAUGACAACAGUCACAAGCGGAACAAGACAAAAAUGCUUAAAACCUUCAAUAAAAAGAUUUACUAACUCAAUAACUUCUACAAAUAGACAUAUUGCUCCACCAAAUCCAAGUAUUUCAGAAAUGCAUCCAAAGAAAACACACAUAACAAUCACUAAACAAGAUCAAAAGAGUUCAGAAGAAAAAAUAACACGUAUCAUUUCUAAUAGUAUCAGUGGUAGCAGUAGUAAUACUUAUCCUAAUAAUGUUGGUGAUAAAAAAUGUACUGCAAAUUCUUCUUUUAGACGUUCAACAACAGGUAGACAGUUAAAGAAGAGAAGUAGUGAAAUUAGUUGUCUAUCUACUUCUUCAUUAAGUAUAAAGGAGUUAAGGAAAGCUGUAAAAGCCAUCAUCUUUUUAAUGCCGUUAUUGGGUUUCUCUCAGCUGAUAUUUUUGAUUCCGUACAGUAAAGAAUUUGGGAGAGUAUUCGAUUACAUCAAUGCUGUUGUACUUUCUACACAGGGCUUCUGGGUUGCAUUAAUUUAUUGUUUCCUAAAUUCUGAGGUUCAACGUGUCUUACGUACACGAUGGCGUAUCAUAUGCUCUACACUACACAGUCAAUCAUCAGAACGUGGUAGACAAAAACAAUCUCUUACAAUUGGUCCUAUAUCACAAAACAAUUUUGACACAGAAUACCAAAGACAAUAA